AUGGUAACAACACAAUCCUCUCAUAGUCACAAUCCUAUCGAUAUUUCUGAUAAUACUAUACAAUCCGAAGAAGAUUUGUGGGCCAUUGCCAAUGUUCUUUCCGCAAUGUCAUCAUUUGAACGAGACACAGAAUAUGCGGAAGAAUUACAGCUUCGUGAAGCCAUUGAAGCUACCAAAAUGAAAGAUCAUGAAUUUGCUAUUAAACUUCAACAAUUUGACGAAGAUGGAUAUGAUAUCGAUCAGAUAAAAAAGGAUGACGAAAUUUCCCAUAUACGUUCAUGUGGAUAUCAACUGUCUGACGAUGAAUAUUCUGAUACCAUACAGGAUGAUGAAACUUACGAUUUCAAUCGAGAAGAUAUCUAUUAUGAUGAUUAUGAUGAUGACGACGAUGACGACGAUGACGACGAUGAUCAUUUCAGUAAAAAAGUUAAUUACGAUGAUGAAAGUUACAAUUUCAAUAAAGAAGAUAAUUAUGAAGAUGAUGACGAUGAAAAUUUCAAUUUCAAUAAAGAAGAUAGUUAUGAAGAUGAUGACGAUGAAAAUUUCAAUUUCAAUAAAGAAGAUAACUAUGAAGAUGAUGACAAUGAAAAUUUUAAUUUCAAUAAAGACAUGAAUUCUGAUGAUGAAAGUUACAAUUCCAAUAAAGAGACUAGCCAGGGGGUUGACCAUGACGAAGGAUACAAUAAAAAUAAGGAGGUUAGUUAUAGCGAUAGCAGUCAAGAUUUUGGUUAUAACGAUACAGAUGACGAGUAUGAGGAAAUGUCUAGCAAGUUUUCUUACGGAUUACAUUUUAGAAACGUAGAUUCGGAGGAUGAAAAUUUGUAUCAAAAGAAUUACGGUUCUGAUAAGGAGAAUGAAAGAAAAUCCGGUAAAUUUACCUAUGGUCAUCGAGGGGAUGAGAAAAAGCGUAAACGCGAAGUACUGGCAGCGCAGAAUGCGCCUGUCAAACGUAGGUUAUGUGAAACUGAAUUAUCGUUGAAUGAUAGUAACAUAAAUGCUCUUGGGAUUGGGACUGGGACAAUAGGCAAAGGAAAAGGAAAGGCUACUCAUUUUUCGACGAACUUUGACAUGACCGAUUCUCAAGUCAAACUGUUAAACCCACCUAAAGGAAACCAUCGAUGCAAUUCUUGUUACGACAUGUUCUCAACUUUUAAUUUGAAUGCAAACCUUGAUAAAAUGGCGACCAGUAGUGCCAAUUUAGGCGUUAUGUUGGAUUGUAAACAUGGUUUUUGUUUGGUGUGCAUGAAUCAUUACUUAAAUUCAACACUUAAAGACGAAGUUGUAGAAUUUCCUAUCAAAUGUCCAUUGAAGUGUGCUGAUGCAACAAUUACUGAAAGAAUAGUAGAAAAAUCGUUGCCAAAAGAAGAUUUGGAAAAUUAUUAUUUAAAAAUGACUGUGUCAACCAUUAAAAACAAAAUAUAUUGCCCGAACAAAAAAUGCAGCGCAUUGAUUGAUUAUGACCACGAUGAGGACCUGCCAGUUUAUCCUCUUCCGUGUCCAAUGUGCCGCAUGUUAUUCUGCCCGUCAUGCAGUGUAUUGUGGCACAAAGAUUUGACAUGUGUGGAGUAUCAGAAUCUUCCUCCUCAUGAACGUUCUCCAGAAGAUCGUGAAGUACUCAAUUUAGCCAAAAACGAACGUUGGCAACGUUGUCCUAAAUGCAACAUAAUAGUUCAGUUAGAUACCGGAUGUAAUCAUAUUACUUGUAGAUGCAAAGCUGAAUUUUGCUAUGUCUGUGGUUCGGAUUGGAAUCGCGAUACAGAGAGAUGCACAAAAAGAUGUGAAUUAUGGGAUGAAAAUAUGUUAUUAGAGGAGCGUGCUCGUCGUGACUUAAUAGCCCAACAACAGCGACAAGUUCAACAACAACUUCUUGCCAAUCUUGAAGGAGUUGGAAACAGAAGAAAUAAUGAUAUAUUUAUGGACUCGGAUGAUGAGGACGAACAAGAUGAAGCACCAGUGAAUCCAGUUCGAAUUGACCUCCAGGCUCUCCUUGACCUGCAAAGAACGCAAAAACGCUUUCAUCUUAGUAAUUGGUUAAUAAGUAUGAUUGAAGAAAAACAGGAUAUGGAGAGUCAUCUUCAACGUACCACAGUUCAUGAAGUUUAUGAAUGUUGCGGCAAGGUAAUUUUAUUUUAUGUUCAAGCUGUGACUUUGAUAGGCGUUUGA